UGUUCAGCUUAACACAUCACAGUCACCGUUGGUCUUUCAGAUAUUUAACUCUUGUCUGCAAAUAAUAAAUUGAUUUUAAAAUAUUUUAACUAAUUUAUCAACAAGUACUGGAGGUUUUUUGAAAAUACUCCAAAGUUUUGUUCUGCCUGGAUAAUUAAAUUGCGUUUUAAUUUUUUUUUAUUAAAAAAAUUGGAGUAUUUAAAUAAUUGCAUCACUCUGGGUAUUGAACCGGGUUGUUAAAAUAAUUUUAAAAUUGCCCACUGAAGUAUUGCUUCUUGAGUUCAUUGAUCUUCGUCAUUUUUGGAGGGAUUUAAUUAUAUUAAUUAGUCAAUAACGUGCUGAUGAAGAUGAAGACUGCUCCCACAAAUCUGGAAAGUCUGGUUAAGCCGGAGGUAAAAGAGGCUUGCAAAGAGCUUGUCCUAACAGACGAGCAGCUUCGAACGUUAAUGAAAAGCUUGCAUCAAGAGAUACAGCGCGGGUUAAAUAAAGAAACUCAUGAAGAAGCUAUUGUCAGAUGCUACCCGACUUACGUCCAGGAUCUUCCCAAUGGAACUGAGAAGGGACAUUUUCUGGCUCUGGAUCUCGGCGGUACUAAUUUCCGAGUCCUGCUGAUUUCGCUAGACUACACGAACUUCGACAUGAAGAGUAAAAUCUACGCGAUCCCACAGUCGCUUAUGCUGGGAUCUGGAACACAAUUGUUCGAUCACAUCGCUCAGUGUCUCGCGCUCUUCGUCAAGGAUUUGAAGCUGGAGAAAGAAAUCCUACCACUUGGUUUUACCUUCAGCUUUCCUUGCAGUCAGUAUGGAUUGACUAAAGGAGUGUUGGUAAGGUGGACCAAAGGGUUCAACUGCAGCGGAGUUGUUGGUGAGGACGUCGUAGCUUUGCUUGAAGCUGCUAUUGCUAAAAGAAAUGAUGUCAGAAUUGAUGUCUGUGGUAUCUUAAACGAUACAACUGGAACUCUGAUGUCUUGCGCAUGGAAGAACCACAACUGUAAAAUCGGGCUGAUUGUUGGAACAGGAAGCAACGCUUGCUACGUUGAAAAAACCAAAAAUGUUGCAGCAGCAGUUCCCGGUAACUUCAAUGAAAAUAAAGAGCACAUGCUGAUCAACACUGAGUGGGGUGCGAUGGGUGAGCGCGGAACCCUGGACUUUGUCGUCACUGAGUUCGACAGAGCCAUCGACGAGAACUCUAUUAAUCCUGGCACUCAAAUCUACGAGAAAAUGAUCUCUGGAAUGUACAUGGGAGAGCUGGCUAGGCUGGUUCUCGAGAAGCUUAUUGAUACCGGUCUCUUGUUUGAAGGCAAGUGUCCGCCGGAUUUGAAAAAGCGGGGAAAAUUCUUCACUAAAUAUGUCUCGGAAAUUGAAGCAGAUCCAAAAGGCAAAUACACAAACUGCCGAGAAGUCUUAGCAGAGCUCGGUAUCAGUAACGCAAAUGACCAAGACUGUGAAAACGUAAGAUACGUUUGCUCAGUAGUCUCGAGAAGAGCAGCUCACCUUGCUAGUGCGGGUAUUGCAUGCUUGCUGAAUAAAAUCGGAGAGAACAACGUUACUGUUGGAAUUGACGGAUCAGUUUAUCGAUUCCACCCUCACUUCCAUGAUCUAAUGACAGAAAAAAUUGGCCAGUUACAAAAUUACACGUUUGACCUGAUGUUAUCAGAAGACGGAAGUGGUCGUGGAGCGGCUCUGGUAGCAGCAGUAGCCGCGCAAAAACGGUGAAAAAAAUGAUCGGCUAUAAAAAAAUUUAUUUUAGAAUAAUUAAUAAAAUUAAAGUGCGAAUUUCAUAAUUAAAUUUAACAACAGAAAUAAUAACGAUAAUAAUAAGAUUAAUUAUUAAUUAUUAUUAUUAUAUAUAUAUAAAAAAAUAUAUAUUGACACUUCUUUUGUACAUAGAGCACAAAAAGAUACGUUUUGCCUAAAUAGAUCGUUGAUACGAAUUUAUUAGGCUCUUGUUUCUAUUUAAUUAAUCCAUCUUACUCUUUGAAUUAUUGAUUAAUUUUUAACGAGUAAGACAAAGAUAAUUAACGUGCCCAUAAAUGGAUUAACGAGAUUGUUUAUUUAUUUUAAAAUAGCUUUCUCGCUCAGGAUUUACCGAUUUUAAAAUACAAUAACAUGUACAUUAACGGGCAUGUGCACUUAAACAGUAGACAGAUAUAAUGAGUUACUUUAUUUUCUUCUUUUAUUUUAUAAUCACAAGCGCAGUGAAUUUAUUUAAUUUAAUAAUAAUAAUAAUAAUAGUUAUUAAAAAUUUAAAAAAAAAAUUGAAGAUUAUUUGAAAUUAUUAAAAUUGUAAGAAGUGUGAACUAGUGAUUUAUUUUAUGAGUAAUUGUGAGUUAAGUGUGACGUAUGCGAGUAUAUAUGCACGAAGAUAUAACAAAGAUCAAUAAUAAUAUUUAUGUAAAAAUAAUAAAUAAUAAAUUGCGCUUAGGAAAAUUUAUAAAUUAUUUAUAAUAUCACUCUAUCUUUUGACGCGCGUUUAUAAACGUGCUAACGAAUUAGGUUUUAAUAAAUAAUAAUUAUUAAAUAAAUUAAU